AUGAGCUCGGCUGCCGUCUCUAGUCAGGCUGCCAUCGAGCCGGGCCAGCAGCAAUCCUCCUCCGUCUCUCCGAACCCGGCCUCCACACCUCUCCCGUGGCAGACAACUCUUGCCGACAACCAUUCGCAGCCAGUCGUGCUUGCCUCGCCCCAGCCCAACGGCUUCGACCCGCUAGGUCUUGGGCCUCCGCAGCAGCCGCGGUCCUCUUCCGCCGGCUCGUUUACCCGCUCCCCCUCACAAGCCGACUCCCAAGGUCCCGUCUCAGGCCCACCGCCCGUCGCUGCCCCCAUCAAUGGCCUACCAUCCGCCGUCUCCUCAGACGGCAACGUCGCGCACUCCUCUCCUCGAACGCAGCAUGCGCCCUCCGUCUCGACCCCGGGUCGCUUUUCGGGUGCCCUCCGUUCGCCCAAGAGUGCUCAUGCCGCUCUGGAGACUACGUCAGAGUACCACGGGCUUGCAGAAGCCAUCAAGCGAACGUCGCCCCAGAUCGUUCGCCAGGUGGUUCGUGAUCUUUGGGAGAAGUGCCUCCUGGGGUCCGAAUACCACCUCGCGUUUCUUAGCUACACAACCAUUCACCGAGCCUCCUCGUCGACACUCGAUCGCGCGGUCCAAGACUUUGGCGAAAGGAUGGUCAAGUCAUCGAAGCGGCAUAUCAUGGCGCACUUGUCGGCGGAAGACUUCGAUGAGGUGGCGGAUACAAUAUUGGCCCAGGUCAGCAACGAAUUUCUUGACAAAGCAAUGGCCAGGCGCUUGGAGACGAUCCGUGCUCGCCAGCUGGUCAACGCCCUAGCUCGGGCUGAGCGCCUGGGCUAUGAUGUUCAAGACAUCGUGGAGGAGAAAACGGCCAACGGGGCCGAGCAUGUCGUCCCGUCCCUCGCACCGGUGCCGCGCCGCCAGGUUUCCGGGGCCCAGAGCAGUCAGGCGUCGCGCGACGCGAGCGCCCCACCGCCUAAAUCUACGAAUCCGCAUGGCAUCGUUCACUGCACCAAGUGCGCCCGCCCCUGCAGCGGCGAACAAGCAUUGCGUUAUCACACAACGAGGCGUGCAUGUGAAUACACACGCAUGGUUGAAAGAGUUGGCAAGGACAUAUGCCCUCACUGCGGCUGCCUCUUCGUCAGCAGCGGCGGUCUGACUUACCAUGUCAAGAGCAAGGUCUGCGGAGACUACCCGGAGGCGACAGAGAAAAUGGUGGUUGCCCAAGUCUACGCCAAUGGAGCUCGGAGCAGCCCUGUGUCUGAAGCAGCCCCCUCGGUGCCGACGGGCACCCCUGCAUCGUCGCAGCACAAGACGCCGGGACAGAUGGUGGCGGCGGCGACCGGUGGUUCCGGUCCGCUCAGCCGGGUCACCCCCAGCCGCGGGGCCGCGUCACCGGCCGAAGACCCCUACGCAAAGCUGGGCCCUGAGGAGAGGCGCGUCUUCGAAAGGGAGAUGAAGAUGGCCGAGGACAAAUAUGGCGGUUUGAUGCGAGAAGCCAUGAAGCUGCCGGCAGCAGAGCGGGAGAGUGAGCUCGUAAGGCUCAAGAACAGCUACAACACGAAACAAAGCGUCACGCGCAAGAAAUACGGCAUCCGGCUGCGUGAGCGGCGCCCCAAGGCGGAUAUUGAUUCGGAACGAAUCCGCCUUUUUGGCACGCUACAGAGUGACGCGCCUGCUCCGUCACCCAAGAGGCCUCGUCUCAGCGAGGGCCCGGCUGCUUCGCGCGAGCCCGAAAGCCGCCCCGCAACGGCAUUAAGCGGCUUGAGCGGCGGGCUAGCCGGCUCGUCGGGUCCGGCAGAACAUACAGAUCCGACGACACUGCUCACGCCGUUGGAACCGCGAAGCAUCGCGCAUGUGCAAGCCCAGCUGUCUACCUCAAAGGGGACGCCUGACGACCCCAUGCAGAUAGACGACGACAGCAGCGACGAGACGGAUUCCGACUCGGACUCGGACGACAUACCUGCCAACUUACCCGCCAGGACGGCUUGA